AUGACGUCAAAUCACCAGAACGGCGUUGGUUCGCACCUUGGGGAGUCAGAACCUCUACUCCCUACCAUUGAAAUAAACCCAGAGGGCGAAAGUGGCCGUAGCGGUUUCCACCCUAUUCAUUUCUUCAAGGUCCUUUGGCGGAGUUCGAAUAAAGUUUCCAGUGCUGUCAAUUGGCUUUGGCCUCUUGUGCCAAUUGCCAUCCUGGCCCGUUAUGUGCUUCCUGCAACGCCGCUCGUGGUGUUUGCGUUAACAUAUAUCGCCAUGGUUCCCGUGGCUAAUUUACUCGGGUUUGCAGGCCAGGAGUUUGCUAGAAAGUUACCAAAAGUUUCGGGGAUUUUGAUUGAAACUACUUUUGGGUCCAUUGUGGAGAUCAUUUUGUUUUUGACGCUUCUUGCGAAGCAUAAGGUUGAGAAAGGCCAUGCCGGGAACGCUAAUAUGAUCCCUGUUAUUCAAGCCGCUAUCUUGGGAUCCAUAAUCACCAACCUACUACUUUGCUUGGGGAUGUGUUUCUUUGUUGGGGGUAUCAGAAUGCAAAUUCAAACUUUCCACUCCGCUGUCAGCGAAGUUGGAAGUGGUUUACUGUUGGUAGCUGGGUUUGGUCUACUGAUCCCUAGUGCAUUUUACUCUGCUCUUAAAGGGUCGGCUGUGCCGGAUCUGGAAUUUUUCAAAGAGCCAAAGUACACCAACGGCAGGCUUCAACAUGACGUCCUCAAGAUCAGUCAAGCAACUUCAAUCCUCCUAAUUAUUGCCUUUAUUAUCUACAUUUGGUUUAAUGCUCGGACCCACCAUAGUAUCUUUGACGAGGUCAUUGAGGCAGAUGAGCAUAGGGAUCUUGACCGCCAUAACGAUGCCGAGAAACCAAAGUUUACGUUUACUGAGUGCACACUUGCUUUGGCAGUAUCAAUCGCACUGGUCACGCUCUUCGCAAUUAUUCUUGUGGAGAAGAUCGAGGAUGUCGUUGAAGCUGGGAUCCCUGAUCAGUUUUUGGGUUUGAUAUUACUCCCACUGGUGGAGAAGGCUGCUGAACAUUUGACGGCUGUAGAUGAAGCUUGGGAUGGACAGAUGAAUCUUGCGCUCUUCCAUUGCCUUGCACCAUCGAUUCAAACGGCAUUGUUCAAUGCGCCAUUGGUGGUUAUUGUUGGCUGGGUCAUUAACAAGCCUAUCGAUCUGAAUUUCGAAAUAUUUAUGAUUACCCUCUUGGUACUCUCUAUCUUGGUGACCGGGAAUUUCCUAAGGGACAAUGAAUGCAACUACUUGGAGGGGGCACUGUUAGUGAUUAUAUAUUUAAUUAUGGCGGUCGCAGCUUGGUAUUAUCCAAACCCGGAUGUUGCGUCGUCGAAUGGGAAUGAACUCCUCAAGGUCUUUGAGGCCAUGAAGGAUGCCGGGAUGAUGAACCGAGUUGAACUAUAG